CCGCGCAUGUGCAGUCGCAUUUCGGAGACUUCGCCGAUACCAAAACACACGAGAUUUUUCCUGUCCACAGCGGCAGUAAGCGACAAUAUCGGUGUUUUGUGAUCCACAGAGGUUCUUCAUUUUGGGCGGCCUGUCUGAGCCACAGUCAUGGUGUGCAUUCCCUGUAUUGUGAUUCCUGUCCUGUUGUGGGUCUACAAGAGGUUCCUGGAGCCUUUCAUCUAUCCCUUCAUUUCACCUAUUAUUAAUACAUUCUGGACCAAAAAGGCGGUCCAGGAGACGGGUGCUACUGACCAAAAGGUUAACGAAAAGAGUAAUGGAACUUGUAAGCUUGAAAGCAAUGGUGAAGCUACUGCCAAUGGAUCCACUAUAGCAGCAGAUAAGAAGACAGAUUGACAGCUCCAAAUGUUUAUAAUGCAUCUAAAACUGUGUAAAUAUUCCAUUAAUAUAACUUAGAGAAACUAUGAAUUAACUUAUCAUUCUUCUUUGAAUUACAUGGUUUUCAAUAACCAUCUAUGUUGUGCAUACCUUGCUUUUAAUUUUUCUUUUUCCAUUUGUAUCACAAUAACUCUAAGAAAUUGGUUAUUGUUGAUAUGUUUUCCACAUCUAUCAUGAAUCGAUAAAUGCAUUUAUUGUGUUGAAUAUUCACUUUCAAUGGAAUAGCUUUUCUAAGUCAAACUUGUAGUAUAAUGACUGAAUAAAAGAAAAUCUUCAAAAAAGAAA